AGGCAAAACAUAAAGAAAAAGGGCAGACUGGGGUUUAUAUGUUCCAUGCUCAGGCUUGCUAAAAAAGCCAUUCUGCCAAUUCCAUGCAUUCAGCAGGUUUAGGCAGAGGAACCCCAAAAGUGCUGUGUUCUAUUGUCUCCAGAUUGUGCUGCCUCUUUAAAAUCAGAAGUGCGUGGACAGCUUCAAGGUGCCUCCCACUGAGCAAAAGCUUUAGAUGCAGGCACAGAGGCAGAGGAGCCAUCCUCCCCUGAGCAGAAGGCUAAUCUAAUGGGAGAGAAAGGAGCAUUCAGCGGAGUCCUUGGGCUACUUCCUUUCUCUCCUCCAGUAACAGCAGCAUGAAAGAAAUCUGGCGGCUCUCCACAAGGUGCCUGAGACCUCCAAGAGGAUGAGUACAACUGCAGAAGGAGAUAAGUGAGGCUGUUGUCCUAUAAUCUUCUGGGGACAAAGUUACUCACUGCUCGAAAGGAAGUUUUGGGUGAGGUCUCUUGCCUGCCAGUCUUGUGCCCUGCCACACUGGGCUAACAAAACACCGAGGGCCAACCAAGCUGCACAUGCCAAAAGAAGUCAGAUAUGGCCACAGAGCAAACUGAACGCAACCUAAAUGCUACCGGCCCCCUCAAGUUUGCUGCAAUCUACAACAUUCAUGAUAGAGAUUUCACCUCUUUGCGAAACUUCUCUUUCCCUUUCAAUUUCACUUACAGCGAUUAUGACCUGCCACUGGACAGUGAAGAUGACGUGACCAAAAGCCGCACCUUCUUCACAGCCAAGAUUGUGAUCGGUGUUGCUCUGGUUGGCAUCAUGGUGGUCUGUGGCAUUGGCAAUUUCAUCUUCAUUGCUGCUCUCGCCCGCUACAAGAAGCUGCGAAACCUCACCAACCUGCUGAUUGCCAACCUGGCCAUCUCAGACUUCAUCGUGGCCAUCGUGUGCUGCCCCUUUGAGAUGGACUACUAUGUGGUGCAGCAGCUGUCCUGGGAGCACGGCCAUGUCCUCUGUGCCUCAGUCAACUACCUACGAACUGCCUCCCUCUACGUUUCAACCAAUGCUCUCCUGGCUAUAGCUGUUGACAGGCUCUUCUCUCAGCCUCAUGCACCAUGGACUCUGGAGACCAAGGAGUAAGACUCUGAGGAUCAGCCUUGUGCUAACAUGAGUCUGACACGACUGACUCACAGCCAGAGACCUGCUCAGUAAACUCCUUACAGAAAGGUGAUGAUCACAAGACCUCUUUCGUGUACAAAUACAAUGCACAUCUCUGUAGACCCUUUGCACGUACAUAUGCGACCCCUCCUUCCUCUUCUUUUCUCCAGUUUCUCUCAUGUGCCAUUUCAGACUUUAGUAUAGCAUUGCACAGUUUUCAGUCCCUGAGGGAAAAAUCAGGGCAGGAAAAGUUAGCCUUGCUGAAGGCUGUACAGAUACAGCUUGUGUAUGGCUGACUCAGCUGUUCCUGACAUCAACUCAAGUUAAGUCUGUGAAAAGACUCUGAAGAAGUUCAGAGAUGUUUUGCCUGGUGUUGGCAAGGGGAUAAUCAGCUCCUACAAAACAAAUCCUUAACAAGCAUCAAACAGAAAAUCCUUUCAACAGCAGCUGAGGACUUGGGGUAAAGCUUCUAAACACUACCAUGUAUACAUUACCAUCUUCUAUCAGUUUUUCAGCUUCUACAAAGUUUUCUUGGAAAGCUCUGCUAGUGCAUCCCAGGUUGAUGAAGUAACAUGGGUCAUGGUGUCCUUAUGUCUGCUAAGAAAUCAGAUUUAUAGCAUAUCUUCCCACACAUCUUUAAAAACAAGCCUGGCAAAGAUUAAUCACUGAAGCUUGUUGCAAGUAUACGCUGUUUUGAUUUCAUUGCUUUUCUUUUUUCUUUCUUUUUUCAAGCUAUUGACUUCUCUCAGUGGGAGAGAAAUCUCACUGUUUAAAAAACACCCAUUCCAUGUUAGUUAUGUCAUGUGGAUUGUUGACUUCUGUCUCUAAAAAGAACAGGCUCCUAGCAAAAGUCUUCUUAUAUUUAGAUCAUUUUAAAGGAAUCAGCUGUGUAAAUCAAGUACGUCUGUCCCACUGAGGAUUUCCUUUAGGGAGGGCUCUCUUUCUUCUUCCUUCAUGUCUAUUCACAUGAAAAAAUAGGAAUUUCACAUUUAUAAGGCCACAUCCACACUAGAAAAAAUACAACAUCUGAAGAGGAAGAGCACUUGAUAAGGGUCCAAUGUCCACAUGGCAAAUAUUUAGCUGGGUGCCCUGGACCAAAUAGCCAUGGGCACUUAUGUACACUUUUGUACCACAUCUUCCAGGACAGUCUCAUCUGAAUUCAGUUCAUGAACUGCAGGACCACUCCACAGUAACAGUCCAAGUGCGAUAAGCAAUGACAAUCAGGAAAUCUACCACAAAAGCUUCCUUCUGACUCAUUGGACAGAUUGAUCCCAUCCAGCCAAAUGUUCUGCUGAGCAGAUAUGCUAUUUAUGAAUACAUACACAUACAUUAUGCCACAACAUACUUCCCCAGGACCUGGUCUAAAAAUGUUAACCUAUCUACUCCACAAUGAGGCUGACUCAUUCUGCUGUCCUCUGACAUUUACUCUGCCACUAUUAAGAGCCAUGAACAGUUUAUCUGCUUCCAAGACCUGGCUGAUGGAAAGUGGUGCUGACUUUCCAUUUUACUUUAGAAUGAAUAUAUCUUAUGAUGCUAUUCUAUGUAUUGAAUAUAUACAGAUGGAAUAGACUCCAAAGGAAUGAGAAAUUCCACUUUUUGAAACAAUACUUUGGGUUAAAUACGGUUGUACUAGGACCUCUGAUAAAAAUCUCCUAGCACGAAUACCACAACCUUGCAGCUUUACAGUCCUAAGCAGUGCAAAUACCUAACUCAAGUUUUCUGCUUUGCCAUAUUACUUAAUAUAUACUUAUAUACUAUAUAUUUAAGAUGAAUAAGAAAUAGUCAUCUUCAGAACAAACAGAAAAAAGGUUUGCAUGGGCAGAAAAUAGAUACACACUCCACUAGGGUGUGUAUAUGUAAAAUAGAUUCACAUUCUGUUGAUGGCUUAAAAUUAUGUUCUCCUGUAACCAUACAUUAGCAUCGCCUUCAGGUCUUUGCACCCCACAGAAUAACCACUGAAGUAAGAAAAACACUGUGGAGUAUAUUUCACCUCUUCAUAAAAAGAGCUAUUUAAGUAGCUCUCUAGGGAAAAUUUUCCUGAUUCUACAUGUCGGCAUUUUUCAAACUCUUGCUCCUAUUUAAAGGGAAAAGUUGUGAGACAAAAUUGUAACUCAACUCCAGCCUGCUACUUCACAAAAUGUUCUUACAGAUGAUUAUGUCCUUACAGACAAAGAUGUUCAGGCUCUCCCCUCAGGAAUGACAGCAAUUUCCUCCUGCCCAAUUCUUUGCAUUUUGAAAUGUGUUCUGACCAGCAGUGUUUUUAGACUUCAUUUUGAAUAUAUUUUUUGUUCUAGGUAUCUGGCUAUUGUUCACCCUCUGAAACCACGCAUGAAUUAUCAAACAGCAACCUUCCUCAUUGCCUUGGUCUGGGUUGUCUCCA